UCCAUCACUACCCAUUGCGGCGCAGAUUGGCAGGUACAAAGCGCCUUUUUCUUUGUUUGUGGAUAAUUUGUGCUUGAGCACCUUACAGUCCAGUUAUUGCUACUGCCCCAACAGUGCGCAAUGUUCUCCGCAAAGCCCGCAGGCACUGGCACCGGCCUGUCCCUCAACACCGGUUCAUCCAACCUCUUUGGCGGCGGCACCAACACACAAGCGACCACACCAGCAACAACGGGCGCUUCCGGUGGCCUCUUCGGCAAUCUUGGAAAUAACAACGCAGCGCAACCAAAACCAGCCGGUGGACUCUUUGGAAACUUGGGAGGUGGCACUGCACAGCCAUCUCAACCGUCCGGAUCGAAUAUGUUUGGCGGCCAACAGCAAACGAACACUGCCACCACUGGCGGCGGCUUAUUUGGCAACACGGCGGCCACCACAUCUCAACCACAAACCGGAGGACUCUUUGGGGGAGCCACGGGCACUGCCAACACUGCGCAAAGCGGAACCACCGGUGGAGGGUUGUUUGGUGGUCUAGGCGGUGCUGCGGCCACCCAAGCUCAAUCCAAGCCGCUCUUCGGUGGCACUACGACAAACACUUCUACCACUGGAGGAGGUCUAUUCGGUGGCGCCACUCAGAACAAUGCACAGCAAACCCAGGCUCAGAAACCUACACUGGGUCUGUUCGGCAAUCAGAGCACCACUACACAACAACCCGCACAGCUCGGUGGCACCACCGUAAUUCCCGGAGUCAAGAUCGACGUCAGCAACAUCCUCCCCACAACCAAGUAUGAAAGUUGUGCGGAUGAGAUCAAGGCGGAGCUUGAGAGGUUCGAUAACUACGUGCUGGGUCAGAUCAAACUAUGCAACGAAGUCUCGAACAUGAUUCCUACCAUUGAGACACAAGGACAGAGCAUACCACACGACGUGGACUUCGUUCAGGGGAAGCUUGAAACCAUGCAACAUGCUCUGGAAAACGAUGCCCGUGAGAUUGAUCAGCUGCGCAAUCUCGUAUCGCGCGAUGCGGCCGAAGCCCAGGUUGCGUUCCGCGCCAUUGACACUCUGAAACUACCUCUACAAUAUCAGUCUACCGGCGGUGCUGGAUGGUGGACCUCUCAGAACCAGAAGACUGAUGCGCAAACGCUUCGCUCAACGCGUAAGAAUACAUUGGCCCUUCCCGAUGAUGUUGAGAGCGAUCCUGCCACUGCCACUAGCGUGAACGGGGUGCCUGUUAACCUGGUGGAUUACUUCUCCCAGCGUUCGGAUGAGAUGGGGGUUGUCCUCGAGCGCUACACUCGGAGUCUGAAGGAGAUCGAGGAUCACCUUCACGGAGUAGAGUCUACUCUGGAACGACAGAUUCAUGACUUUGUGACGGCGCGGAGUCGUGAUGGACCGGCGUCUGGAACUCCCAAGUCCAUAGUCAACGAUCUUGCUACUGUGCUUAGCGACGUGGAGGCUGGUAUCUUAGGUGUUGCCGGGCGGCUCGGCGGCGUGACCGAGCAGGUGCAGGAAGUUGUCCUGGGUCCUCCUUCGGCCGCUGAUGGCAGGCUAAACCUUUGAAGGAUGGGUAUCUACCUGAUACACACUUGCUCUGUCGGCGCUGAGUCUUUGUUUUUCUCAUUGUACAAUAUAAUGUUCUUGGCGACGGUGAAAAGCAAGGGGCCAUGGCACUUUUGUCGGUUGGUUUAGCAUGGUUUUAAUGAGGAGUUCUUUGUGUGAUGCAAUACAGGGCUAGGGGCGCCGCCGGCAUAUCAUAAUGGAAUUCAGAAUAAUCUCAAG